GGUGCUGGGUCUGAGCGAGCUGCUGCUGGAGUGCGGGCGCACGGGCAUGGCGGCGGCCAAAGGCGACGUCGUGUGGGGGCGUCAGCGCCAAGGACAUCUUCUCUUCCCUGGACUACGGGCCUGCGCCCGAGAGCCCUCGUUGGCACUGGCUGGCUAGGACACCCAGGGCUCAAACCUGGGCCACUUUGUGAAUGGAAAGUGGCUGAAACCCGAGGGCCAAGGCACCAUCAGCUGUAGGGACCAGUCCUCAGGUGAGUUCCUGGCCAACUGCUUCCAGGCCGACACUGAAGAUGUGGUUUUGGCCGUGGAUGUGGCUCAGCAGGCUUUUGAAGGAUGGAGCCGGCUCCCCGGGCCCACUCGGGCCCAGCACCUGAUCAGGCUGGCAGAGACAAUGCAUAAGCAUCAGAAGCUUCUGUGGAUUCUUGAGGCGCUGGCAUCGGGCCGGGUGGUGCGCGAGGUCCGGGAUGGGGACAUUCCUCUGGCCCACCAGCUGCUGCAGUACCAUGCGUGCUGGGCCCAGACUCAGGAGCAGGCCCUUUCAGGAUGGGCGCCCAUGGGAGUGGUCGCAGUCAUUCUCCCGCCCACAUUCUCCUUCAUUGAGAUGAUGUGGAGAGUCUGCCCAGCCCUGGCUGUGGGCUGUACUGUGGUGGUCCUUGGAGGCCCAACCUCUCUGACCUCACUACUUGUGGCCCAGCUGAGUAAGGAGGCUGGGCUGCCUCCCGGUGUCUUGAAUGUGGUCAUGGGGACCACCUCCCUAGAGACCAUGCUCCCCAACCUGCCCAACAUUGCCAAGAUCACCUUCUGUGGGACUGUGGAGGAAGGCAAGGCCCUGCGUAGGGCGCUAGCCAGUAGCGGUGCCGACCUCUCCCUGAGCUUGGGCACAGAGUCUCUGCUGGUGAUCACAGAUACCGCAGACCUGGACUCGGCGGUGGAAGGGGUGGUGGACGCAGCCUGGUCGGACCGCAGCCCGGGGGGGCUGCGGCUGCUGGUUCAGGCGGCUGAGUGGGAACGGGUCCUGGAGAAACUCAAGGCCCGCAUGUGUAGGCUGCGUCAAGGCCGGAGCUUGGACUGGGCCGUGGACAUGGGCACGCCUGGGGCCUCUGCCUGGGAAAAGGCCCAGAAAUACGUUCAGGAAGCGCAGAAGCAAGGGGCCCAGAUAUUCCAAGCUGGAAACAUCCCCCCAGACAGCCCAUUCUUCCCCCCGACGCUGAUCCUGGGUCUGGCCCCAGCAAGCCCGUGUGCCCAGGCAGAGGUUCCGUGGCCUGUGGUUGUGCUGUCUCCCUUUCGCACAGCAAAAGAGGCACUGGCUAUGGUCAACGGCACCCCUCGAGGGGGCAGUGCCAGUGUGUGGAGCGAGCGGCUCACCUUGGCCCUGGACCUGGCAUAUAAGCUCCGAAUGGGCACGGUUUGGAUCAAUGCCCACGGACUCAAGGAUGCUGCUGCCCCAGUGGGUGGCUGCAAGGAGAAUGGAUCAUCCUGGCAUGGGGGCCCUGAUGGCCUCUAUGAAUACCUAAAGCCUGUGGGCUGCCCACCCUGGUCUGCGAUACACAUGGAGCUCGUGGACUAUGACAAGUUUGGCCUGUCAGUGCCACCUGUGCUGCCCUCCGGCCCUGACACCUCCUCCCCCAGCAAGGCUGCCCCAUAUGGGAUCUUUUUGGCUGGCCGCUUCCAGAAUCCUUCCAGCCGUAGCUCAAGGCCCAUCAUGGGCUCCAGCGGGAACGUCUAUGCCCACGUGGCGGAGGGUGGUGCCAAGGACAUUCGAGUGGCUGUGGAAGCGGCACACCAGGCGGCAGCCCCCUGGGCUAAUCGAGUGCCAGGGAGCCGGGCAUCAGCGCUAUGGGCAUUGGCUGAUGCAUUGUCCCAGAGGGGCCAGGCACUGGUGGAACAGCUGAUGGAGGUGACGGGCGUUGACCUUGCGGGUGCUAGGACUGAAGUAGGCCUGAGCAUUGCCCGGCUGCAGGACUGGGGAGCACAGGUCCACACCCAAGGAGUCGGCCUACACAGUGCUGGCCACCACGGGCCUUUUCUGCGAGUCCGAGAGGCCCUGGGAGUGCUGGGCAUCGUCUGCCCAGAGGAGUGGCCCCUGCUCGCCUUUGUGUCUCUCCUGGCCCCAGCCUUGGCCUAUGGCAGUGCUGUCAUCAUUGUGCCAAGCGGGAUCUGUCCGCUGCCAGCCCUCCAGCUCUGCCAGGAUGUAGCCUCUCUGCUUCCCCCUGGGCUGGUGAACGUGGUGACAGGGGACAGGGACCACCUUACCCGCUGUCUGGCCCUUCAUCAGGAUGUCCCUGCCCUGUGGUAUUUUGGCUCUGUCCAGGGCUCCUCGUUUGUGAGAUGGGCCUCAGCUGGGAACCUAAAGGCAACAUGGGUGAGCUGGGGUCAGAAGCGAUCCUGGGAUCAAGAGGCGGAGGGAGCCGGCCCCGAGCUGUGCCUCCGGGCAGCCCGUACAAAGGCUCUCUGGCUGUCUUUGGGAGACAUCUAAGCCCCCACUUCAGUCCUGUGACCCACUGCUGCCGGGCACCUGGAGGGAGCCCAGACUUGUCCCUCAUCGUGCUCCCUACCUUGAAUAAAUGAUCUUAUGGA